AUGAAUGAUCAAAAACGGGCAUCAUUAAACCUAUCAAAAAAUAAUAAGUAUAAUUAUGAAAAUAAAAAUAAUUAUAGUUAUAAUACAAUUAAUAAGACUAAUCAAGGUAUAUCUAAAAAACGCAAUAGUUAUAAUAAGAAAAACGUCCCUACCAUAAAAGAGAACAACAAUAAUAAAAAUAAUAAUCAUAAAAUUAAUAAUAAUAAUAAUAAUAAAAAUAAUAAUAAUAAUAAUAAUAAAAAUAAUAAUAAAUGUGCUAAUCAUAACAACCAUUUAAAUAAGAACAAUAGUGUAACUAAUAAAAAUAAUAAUAUAAGUGAUAAAAAUCAACAUAAUAAUAAUAUUAAUAUUAAUAAGAGAAAUAGUAUUUCGAAAGGUACAAGUAGGAGGCACAAUCAUAAUAAUAAUAAUAAUAAUAAUAAUAAUAAUAAUAAUAAUAAUAAUAAUAAUAAUAAUAAUAAUAAUAAUAACAAUAAUAAUAAUAAUAAUAAUAAUAAUAAUAAUAAUAAUAAUAAUAAUAACAAUAAUAAUAAUAAUAAUAAUAAUAACAAUAAUAAUAAUAAUAAUAAUAAUAACAAUAAUAAUAAUAAUAAUAAUAAUAAUAAUAACAAUAAUAAUAAUAAUAAUAAUAAUAAUAAUAAUAAUAAUGAUGAUGACUAUUAUUCAAUCCUUGAAGAACUAGCCAAUUUAGAAAAGCCAAAAUUUAGAUCAGUUCAAGAAAGUAUGGAUGAAAAUUUAAAUUUAGAAUUUUUAAAAUCAUCUAGCGAAAAUUAUACCUAUAAAAUAACUUCUAGGGGACCUGUAUGCUAUUCAGCAUUGUACAGAGAUAACAAAUAUGUAUAUCGACAUAUAAUAUUAAGUGAUAAUGUUAGACAGUAUGCAGAAAACAAGGUAAGGAAAACAAAUGCAUAUCUCACAGAACAAUGUAUUGUUAAUGAAUUACAAAUUGAUAUAGGAAAAGGAUGGAAACAUUUUAUGAUAUAUGAUGGAAAAUUAAGAGAACUCAUUUUACGAAAAAAUUUAACAAAUGAGGAUAAAUUAAGAAUGGCAGUUCAUAUGCAAAAAAAUCAUUAA